UUAUAUACCACUUUCCUUCUCUUCUCCUCUCUGAUUUACCCCCAAAUUUCCCCAUACACAUAAUCAAAUGGCCACCGUCACCUCCCCCGCCGUCGCCAUCCCCUCCUUCACCGGCCUCAAAUCCUCCGGCGCCGCCUCCAAACCCACUGCGGCCGUCCGCAUCCCUUCCCCUGCAGUCCCAAAGCACAGCAUCAGAGCGUCCCUGAAGGACGUCGGCGUGGCCGUGGCCGCCACCGCCGCCACCGCCCUGCUGGCCUCAAACGCUAUGGCAAUCGAGAUCUUGCUGGGCGGCGAUGACGGUUCUCUGGCAUUCGUUCCGAACAAUUUCUCGGUGGCGUCAGGGGAGAAAAUCGUAUUCAAGAACAAUGCAGGAUUCCCACACAACGUGGUGUUCGACGAGGAUGAAAUUCCGAGCGGAGUUGACGCCGGAAAGAUCUCGAUGAACGAGGAAGAUCUUUUGAAUGCUCCCGGCGAGGUCUACGAAGUUCAGCUGACUGAAAAAGGAAGCUACUCUUUCUACUGUUCGCCUCAUCAAGGUGCUGGAAUGGUCGGAAAAGUCACCGUUAACUGAUCAUUAUUCAUUAAUUCCGGCUUCCAUUUUUCUCUGUAAUGUUCUUUCUUUUUCUUUUUAUAAAAUAAUUUUAAGUUGAAUGUCUUUGGUUUUCUUGUUCCACUCAGAGACUGUACGCUGUAGAGCUUUCAGAUUCACAGUAUAAUAGAUCUAUAAAUCCCCAUUAAUAUAAUGUAAUGGGAUGUGUUCUUUGUUCUU